GAGAGAGUUAGGAGGAGAGAGUAAACUCAAAUUAUUGUUGAAACUCGGUGCACUGUGAGCCGGGGAAGUGUUGGUUAUAGCAGCCUGAGGACAUGGGAGUCUCCCAUGGCAAGAAGGUAAGUUAGCUGAUUUUUAUUAUUACUUUGGCUUUUUCUCCAUGAGACACACGGAUGUUGUUGUAGAACAAUCUGGAAAAAACGUCCAUGUGGUAAAAUAUUCUCUUGGCAUGCAUUGAUCGUUUGAUAAAGGUUAAAAAGCCUGGAAGACAAUCAGUGUUUCAUAAUGUUUUGUGUGUCAUUGCAAAUUAAUUACGCUAAUUGUGUGUUCCUAACGAUCGUAGUUGUGCAGAACUUUUUACACUCAGUUACAUAUUUCCUGAGGACAGUAAGGGCUUAAACCAAACACAUCUUUAACCAACAAAAUAAGAGCCUUUCCAUCCCUGAAGUGUGGGCCUCAGAGAGUGUUUAUCCCGUCACGUCCUAUUAAUUCUUCUCCACACAUAUCCACCGUUGAAGAUUUAGCCAAACAGCACGACUCUCCCCUCAUCAGGCAAACAGCAGCCAGCAGCAGAGUUGUCAUUAAAAUGCCUCAUUUAGAUUCUACUUUUUCCCUCAUUCUGACAACUUACUGUCAUCUUGUUUAAACUUUACUUUUUUUGCUGCUUUGUAAACACAUGACUAUGCUUUUUUUUUUUUUUUAAUCCAAAUUGCAACCAACACCGAGGCUACAACAAACAUUAUGUAACAUACAUUAGAGUGAAUAUGUUCCAACAGAUCAAGCAAAAUCAGAGCAAAAUGCAAAGCUGCUGUAUUUUCCACACUUAAAUAACUAUUUGAUAUUUAAUUAAACAACAAUAUCUGAAACAGUAAUUUGAUUUACCAGGUCAGAGUAAAUCCCACAGGGGAAAUAAUCCUUUGCUUGGCUAUUAAUUCUGCUCAAACUCCAGUAAAUGAGGAGCUCAAAGGGGAUCAAACUGUGUUUUGUUUGAUGCUGUCAUUAAUGAGGUGGCAGCCCUCCACCUCGCCCGUCAGCCCGCUCGCUCGCUUCACUGGACAUGUGGAACUGGACACUUCAUUUGUCUGUCAGCAUCAUAAUGCGGCUUUUGUGGAGCCUCUGAAAUCACCUCCACUUACAGUUGACUGUUUGAAACUGGGCUGUUGACCUGACUGUGAAACUUUUAUGUGUUACCUUUCUCAUCGUGGACUUUAAUUUUGAAAGAAAAGAAACGAUCUUUUGAUAAGCAGAUAAGUACAUUGUGUUUGACAUAUAAUUGGCUUUUCUUGUUUGACAGAAAGAUCUCCAACACUCGCCACACAGAAGCAAGACACACCUGAGCAAGUCUGGUGAGAAAUCUUUAUAAUCAAUACGAUGCUGUGGGGUGUUGCUCCGUUUUUGAUCUUUUCCUUUCAUCGAGGACUACAGUAGACGUAGUUUUUUUUUUUUUUCCAUUGAUGCAGUAAAUCUUACAUAGAAAGAUUUUAAAGUGUUUUUUUUUUUGUAAAGUAAGUUUCUGUAUGUUGUUUAUUUUAUACCUGGGCAAGUUCUGGGCAGAUCAAUACACCAACUGUAUUUUCCUUAAAGGUUCAUUUCAAGUAUCAUCGACUUGACUUUAAAAAGCUACAUGUCCACAAAGGAGGGAUUAUUUUUGUUUACUGGAGGUGCAUUUUGUUGCAGUUGUGGGCAGCAAAACUCAAUGAUUUUUCCUCUGCUACUUCAUAAAUCCAUUCUGUUUUCUUUUGGUAGAAAGCAUAACAUUUUAGAUCGGUACACUUUUACUUUUUUAAAGCUCCUGUGAGAAACUCUCAGUUUGUGUGUAUUUUGGCUCAGACAAAGCACUUUUUGCUUUUGUCGUCCCAGAUAUGCUAUAAUAUCAUUCUUCUGAUGGUUAAAUCUAUAAUUUAUUGUGAAUAUGUAAUGUGAAGAAAGCUGCUUAGCUGACACCUACCCCCAUUAAACAUUACAGCAUGAAAAUCGUCCUUUUUAUUUGCCCCUGAUGGUCUUGUUUUUGUACAGUACCAUCUCGAUAUCAUUAAGUCUAUUUCAUAAAGGUAAAAAAACUCCUGACAGGAGCUUUAAUUGAUAAGGUGAUACCUAUAGCGUUUAGCACAAAGUGAAGUGGUAUUCCCUGCUAAAAGUAUUUAACUGCACAUGUUUUCUUUCCAAUGAAAUUCAGUAUUCUGAAUUUAACAAUUUUAGGUUUUUGCGGCCUUGUUUGUUGUUGUUGAUUUACUCUGCAAGUUUUGGUUUGUAUAAACUUUACUGCACAAAACCAAGUAUUUUUAAGUAAGUAAGUUCCCAAUUCUCCUCUCACCACUUUGAAACUUUUAUUAAAUAAAAUUGAUAUUAGAUAUCAAAUAAAUGUUUUUUUCUCUCUGUUUGUUGUCAGAGAAAAACUUUGAGGAGGUUACAGUGAAACAGGAUGAUCUUUAGGAUGCGGUUUACUGUCUUAAUUUGCAGAAGUGUUUUAUUGGUUGUUACUGUCAUAAAAGAGUUAAAGGGAUGAUCCAGAAUCUAGGUCAAUAAACAUUUAUUAUAUUUGCUUAGUAUUUACCCAUGUUACCUCAGUAAAAUCCACACAUUUUAGCUUAAACAUAUUCAAACAUUUGAGUCUGAUCUUUUAUCACUUUAGCAGAUUAAAAACCAUUAUCUCCCUUUUAUCAAGAAGUGGAUUUAAAACCCUCAGACACGAACCACACUUUGUUCUGAACAAACUCAGUAGUUAUGUUGUUCUACUAUUUGUUAAUGUUAUUACACUUUUACAUUAGCACGCUGCUCAUUGUGUAGCUAACAGAGACAUGGCAUUGACUUUGUGACCUCUUCCUCUUUUUUUUUAUUGGUAGUCUUUGUUUCAACAUUGUCCGAGGCAGCUCCUGUAGACAGAGUUGAUGCUGCUUAGCAACAGUGAAUGGACCAGCUUUAAAAGUCUGGCCAAGUUUUUAUAUCUCUGACCUUAAACACGGUGAGCUAAGUUAUACAACAUUGUAUAAUCCAACAUUUACUGAAGCCAAUUUUUCUCUUCCUCAGUGUCAGUGGAAAGCCAAAAUGUUGUUUUCAUAUCACUGUUUUCCUAUAGAGUGACCAUAUGUCCUCUUUUACCCGGACAUGUCCUCUUCUGGGGCUAUCUGGCCUGUCCAGGGGAGUUUAUAACAUCCUUAAAAUGUCCAGGGUUUUGUAUGAAAGUUUUGAGUUUGUGUAGUGUGGACUAACCGAGUUAGAAGCGUGUAAAAAUCACUCAACCUGACCCGAAAAACCCUCAAAAUUUUGCACGCGACUCCAUCGCUUGCUUCUCUUUUUGGGGAAUUAGCAUACGGUCACCCUAGUUUUCCAGAAUUGCAAUUUGUUUUAGGAAUCUGACCCCUGUGACCAUAGUUAACAUCCUCAAUGACUUGACUUGAAAAUACAACAGAUGAGGAAAAUCUGAAGGGACAUCAGGCUGUUUCUCAAGGAAAUACAAAGUUUUCAUGAGCCAAUAGCUACCAUCAGACAUCAGUGAAAGUUAGCAUGAGGUAACUUCCUAGCUAAGAUUACACUUAGAUGUACACUUCUUGUGAAAGGUGUAAAAUUAUGCUAACAGUGAAGCAACUAAGAAAUAUAUACUUAGAUUUUAGCGGGCUAACCCAUUAGCAUAGCCUACCUGGCCAGCAAAACUUAAAAGCUGAUCUAAUGGUAAUGUUCACGAGGAGUUAAACCCUUUCUUGUUGUCAAAUGGUAUAUUAUACAACUGUUGUGUUAGUGAGUGAAAAUAUUUAAACAUUUUCUUGUGCGUUAGGCGUUAAUUUAUGCUAACAGUGAAGUAACUAAGAAAUUUACAGGCCUACUGUGACUAUUACCUUGGUCUUCAGCAGGCUAACUCAUGAGCAUAGCCUACCAGUUGAACAAAACUUACAAGCUGAUCUAAUGUUAAUGUUUGCAAGGAGUUUAACCCUUUCUUGAUGUCAAAAUGAUAUUUUAUACAACUGUUGUGUUAGUGAGUGAAAAUAUUUAAACAUUUUCUUGUGCAAAGGCAUUAAUUUAUGCUAACAGUGAAGUAACUAAGAAAUUUAUACAAUACCUAUUAUCUUGGUCUUUAGUGGGCUAACUCAUUAGCAUAACCUUCCUGGUCAACAAAACUUAGGAGCUGAUCUAAUGGUUAUAUUUGCCUGGAGUUGAACCCUUUCUUGUUGUCAAAUGGUAUUUUAUACGACUAUUGUGUUAGUGAGUGAAACUUUUUAGUAACUUUUUAGCUGUUGUCUAAAAGAGUUUUUGACUUGUAACCUGUAACAACACAGUGUAAAACAGGCUCACAGCAUUCAAGCCUGAGAGUAAGGUCAGACGACAUUGUAUGUAACCACUAUGUAUGGUUAUGGGGUUAUGUAUGUACAUGUACAUUUAUAUAUAUAUGGCUCAGAGAUAUCAUGUGAAUCAAGAUUUUGUCUCUUUGCACUGUCAGAAAUGCAGACACAUCAAACUGAACAGCAGGAUCUGUACUCAGAGUUUCGGGCUCCUCUGCUGCACAGUGAAGACGAGAGCUGUGAUCUCAUCAAACCUCAAAAACCUCACAACCCUGUAACAGCCUCCAAGAGCCACCAGGAGCUCCACAGGGAACUGCGACUGACCCACAACAGGUUGAAGUGACUCCCAGACAGUCAUUAACGCUUCCUCUCGAGUUUCGUAGUUCAUUCACAGAUUAUGAAGUCUAUUAUUUCUCUGUCAGGAGAGUUCUGCACGAAGGAAAGGGUGAACUCCAAAGGGCUCUAGAAAAAAGAAAAUGGGAACAAAGGAUGAAGGCGAGCAGGGAUGAGGAUGAGGCACAGAGGAGCAGCUCAUCACUUCAACAAGAACUGUUGAGGAGACAGCAGAGGCUUGAAAAGGUUUGCAUUAAACACACUUUAGAAAUCUUUGGAUCUUAUUUAAGAAGCUGACAUUUAAUCAAAGCAUCUGUCCUGAGAGCAUUAUAGAUUGUGUUUGAUAAAACAACUGUGUUUCUCCCAAGAUGUAAAGCCAUUUAGAGCAUGAACAUGUUCUGCAGUCAGCCAGUAGAGGGCAUUGUCGCCAUUUUGUCACACAUACUGCAGGUCUGUCUCAGCUCCCACUGAAGAACCACUGACAGACACUUUCAGUACGCUGUCCGUGUCCUUGCUGCAAGAUCAGACAGAAAACUGGAUUGAAUCUGUUAACCCUCUAAUCUAAAAGCUUUUAUUCUAAACCUGAAAAGUUUCUUUUGACUGUGGCUCUGAAUAAUAAGCUCCAAACAUGACUUUGUAUUUAUUCCCUUCACAGCAAGAGAGAGACAAAGAGCAACAGCGAGAGGGACCAGAGUUCCUCCAGGUCAAAGAGAAACUGAGAAGAACGGCUGUGCUGAAUGCAGGACAAAAAGAAGUGUGA